AUGGCGAGUGCUCUGAAGAAAGCACGCGUGCUGGCCUUCGUAGAGACAGCUUUACAACUUGCCGUAUUCUAUCAUGAAAUAAAAGGUUUGGUGGCUACUUCGUCUGAUUCUAACUUCCUUCCAGCGCACGCAUUCCCUUCGCCUUACGAUAUGGGUUCCUUCAAAAGAGGUGUGAAAAGACAUCUUCUUCUUCAGGUGAUAAAUAUAGAUAUGCACACUAGAGUGAUAAAGAUUUUGGAUGGCGAUAUAGAUUCAUGGUAUUCAUUGUCAGAAUUCGACGUAAUUGAAUCAGACCUUGGAGUUACUGGCAAAGUGUUGAAAAAUUUCGCACGCCAAUAUACAAAUAUUAUAUCUCUAAGAAAUGUAAAUGCUGUACUCUUAGUAGCAUUGGACGAAAAUUGUAUCAAAAGAAAUCCGUUUGCUUCUCUACGUAGUGACACAUCACUAACAGAUUUCGAGUUGCGUUGUGAACAAGGUUCUGUUCCUGUGCACAGAGUUGUGCUAGCCAUCUCCAGCCCAGUGCUUAAAACUUUCUUAGAAGGCGAGAACAAUUGGCUCGAAAACAGUUGGUACAGGUUUGCGAAAACCGACUUAUCAACGCUACAACAUCUAAAAGACUAUAUUUACAUGGGCGUGUUGCCUGACGACGGUCUAGAAAACCUUUUGUUGCUAGCUUCGUGUUACAUGAUGGACGAUUUGAAAAACGAGUGCAUAUCGAAAAUAUUAGCGAACGUAACACCGGAAAAUGCUCUUGAAAUUUGCGAGUUUUCAAUAGUCAACAAAAUGACGAAGCUGUUCCUCGGAUUUCUUAAGAUUGUGCAGGAUGGUACAGUGAAGGUUGAAGAAAUAGCAAACGUCUAGCGCGCUUGUGAAUUCACACUUAUGUAAUUGAAUAUCCAUAUCCAUUGAAUAAGAAAGUCCAGGUCUUCAGAUAUUCCGUAUUAUGAGGUACCUACAUAAUUUGCAAGGUGGCAAUGGCAUGUGUUACUUCGACCAGCAGUGGCAUCUAGCGACAAAAUUAGUAACCACUAAAUUAAAAUGUCAAUGAAUUGAAUUGACUUUCAAUUUCUAAUUGC